UGAGAAUCCAUCUACAGUCAAUGGUGUCGUGCAAACGUUCUAUAGUAGUUAAUUUCACUCGAGCUAACACUGGAGAAGAACAUAUUAGUACUUGUCUUUUAAAAUUACAAUUUUAGUUUAUCUUUCUACAAAAUAAUACAGUCUGAUAUAAAUUGAGUUUUCUUAUUGCUCAGAUGAUUAUUUAGUUCGUCCAAAUUGCCACCGAUGGGCCGUCAACGUGGGAAAAGUUAAUUUGGUUGGUUUAUUAUGCGUUCAAACUAAUCCAAAGUAAAGACUUAUUUCGUAAAUAGGCAAUUUAGAGAUCUCAUUCACAGUAGAAUAUUGUAGAGUGCUUCUAUUAUCUGUUUGCUUUAGCCUAAGCCACAUGAAGCAUUAAAAAAGCUGGUUAGGUCUGGCCUCUUUAUGAUCUAGCUUCUUCGGGCACAUCUGUACUGCUUCAGAAAAACUACAUAAGAUGGCAUCCAACAACUGGUUUCGGUUUGGAAAUGUGCUACUCGUCUCGUUUCCUUUGGCAAUAUUGGGAAUCGAUCUGAGUAAACUGUAUGGGCAUUUGCCAGCUGUUUCCAAGCGCAAUGAGGCUUGUCAUCCUUAUGAACCUUUCAAAUGUCCCGGGGAUGGGAACUGCAUUUCUAUACAAUAUCUAUGCGACGGUGCGCCAGAUUGCUCUGAUGGUUAUGACGAAGAUAUGCGUCUUUGUACAGCAGCUAAGCGACCACCUGUGGAGGAGACAGCAUCCUUUUUGCAAAGUUUACUCGCAUCGCAUGGGCCGAACUAUCUGGAAAAAUUGUUUGGUAGCAAGGCUAGAGAUGCCUUAGCUCCACUCGGAGGCGCAGAGAAGGUUGCUAUCGCCCUCAGCGAAUCUCAAACCAUCGAAGAUUUCGGGGCGGCGUUGCAUCUAAUGAGAUCUGACUUGGAGCACCUCCGUUCUGUUUUCAUGGCAGUAGAAAACGGAGAUCUAGGUAUGUUAAAGUCGAUCGGCAUAAAGGAUUCGGAGCUAGGAGACGUAAAAUUUUUCCUCGAAAAGCUUGUGAACACGGGCUUUCUGGACUGAGUUUCAUUUGAUCUGAAGUAUAGCAACAGUUUCUACUAUUUCGACCGAUGAAAUUAUAGGUGUCCUGUUUGGGGUUAAUACGUGAUUGAUUGAUUGAGCAAUUGAUUUUCGCAAUUUCUGUGCACACUUUUCUGUACAAUAUCAAAAGAACCACGUCAAUUGAAUGCAAUGGAGCAGGGAGGAUGCACAGGUACAGGUAGAAAAACUGGACAAUCGCACAUCGGCGCUCUUAUUGACAGUCAAUCGUAGUUUUGAAAACAGAUGUGGGACGAUUCGAUUACAAAAUAAAGAGCCUACGGUUACGAUAGAAAUCUGGGAAUCAUCAUUCAGGCACAAUUCCCAUCGUCAGAUCUGACAUAUUUAUCUGAUUCGGUAUUGUGGUUGAAUUAAUCAUUUCUAUUGUAUGCAUUGCAAUCGUAUAACAAAUAAUUUGUUAGACAAAUUAUAUAAGGUCUAUCGUAACCUCAGCCUCUAACAUUUGAUGCGAGACCCUAGAAAACAACAGCACUCAAUACAGGAAACUAUGAGAUUGUUUUAACACGAUCUUACCAGAAAAAAACACCUAAAGAAUGUUAAAUAUUUCAUGGCAAAAGUGAGAUCAAAUGGUUUUUGAUCAAAUAAGUGGAAAAGACACUUAUGAAAUGACAAAAAAGACUCAACGACCCAAAUUUAAUUCAUACCGCUAUUAUUUUUAUUCUGUAUUAAAAAAUAAUUUGAAUUAGUCAUGGAGGGUUAUAAGAAAAAUGCAUAGCGAUGAUUAAUCUGAUAUGUUUCAAAAUUGUCCCGAUUGACACAACCGAUUUUUAAUGCAAGUUUUUAAUCAAAACGACCAAAAACUUGUGCUCUGAAUGCCAAUAAAAAUCAAUACAUAUCACUAUUAUGAUAAAGAUAGAGUAAAGUACCUUAAAACAUAACUACAAAGAUAUGAAAACUAAAAGUAAAAAAGGGCCAGUGAUCAUGCGUUAUUGCUCUCAUGAGAAAUUUACCAGAAUUAAGUUGGUGUUAUACCUAAAAGGUUUUAGGACCGAAAAGUUGUGACAUUUUAUUAAAAAAUAAUAUUGAAAUGUUCAAAUCAACAUUACGUUCUUCAUAUACCCAUGUAUCUUGUUUUUCUUUUUUUAACUUUAUAAUUUUAUUAUAAAUUACUCAUUAAAAAUUUCAUUUGCUUACCCAGCUAAAAAUAUUUGGGCACUGAUGUUUAAAUACUUUAUAAUCCUGAACAUAUCAAACAUCGUGGUUAUCAAAGUUAUUUUCUCCAACCUACUGACACAAUAACUAUGCCUAUAAAGUUGUAACAAAUGUAUGAUUAAUUUUAAGCAUCACUGGUACACCGCUAUUUAAAUUGAACAAGCGAGCCUUUUAAGAAACCAAGAAAUGUAAAUUCACCGUUGAUCUGAUGUUACAGAUUAUGGAGGGCAUCACAAACUGAAUCAAAACUUUGGCACAGCAAACAUGCUAAACAAAAAAUGCUCUACACGAAGAACAAGUCAUCAAAAUACAUAAAAACCGGUAUCU